AGCUAUUCAAGUGACUAUGUUCAAUGACAUGGGAUGCCGUCUCCGUCACGUCAGGGAGCAAAUAUAUACCCUCACAUGGAUAUCCUGACCAUAUAAACAGUUUUAUAAGUGUGCCGUCAGUACCCCACAUCUACUUGUGCCUAAAACUCUUCAAUAUGGCCUCCCACCGUCUUCUCUCAGCUUUCAGAUCGAAAAUCCCAGCCUUCGGUGCAUGGAUAACAUUUUCGGGGACAUGGGCGGCUCGAACAGUUGCACUCUCCUCUGAACACAUUUCAUGGAUCCUUAUCGACUGUGAACAUGGCCUAACGCCCUUGCAGCCAGGUGCAGCUGAGACAAUUGCCACUGUGGCUGGCUUAGGGAGUCAAGCACCUAGUGCGAUUGUGAGGAUCCCUGCGACGGGUAUUUGUGCUGAUGGAAGUGCUAUUUGGCAAAUCAAAUAUGUACUGGAUGCUGGUGCGAGAGGAGUGCUUGUGCCAAUGGUGGAGACGGCCGCACAGGCGCGAUCUAUUGUGUCUGCAUCACGCUUCCCUCCUCAGGGUACGAGAGGGUUCGGAAGUCCGUUCACUCAGGCAUCUUGGGGACUAUCUGCCACAGACUAUCUUGAACAAGCCAAUGAUAGCGUAGUGGUCCUCGGUCAGAUUGAGACCCGAGAAGGAGUUCAGAACUUGCAAGAGAUCCUGAAAGUCCAAGGAUUAGAUGGCGUAUUCAUUGGCCCGUACGACCUUUCACUUUCGUUAGGUCACCCACCGCCUUCGCCGGACCCUGUACCCGCGAUUGAGGAGACCAUCCAGGACAUACUCAAAUCGUCUCACGCGGCAGGAAAGAAGUGCGCGAUCUACUGCACGUCUGGUGAACAGGCUGCGAAACGUGCUCAAGAAGGCUUUGACAUGGUGUGUCACGGAAAGCAUUAUGCCUUCACGUCUGCUCAUGGUUGUGUACAAAGAUCAAUGUCACCUCUGAUAGUGGUGCGAUGGCCGAAAGUAUAGCAAAGAACCUAGCCGUCGCCGCUGGUCAAUCAAUCGCAGGGAGAGAAUUUGGAUACUAAUACUACUCACUACCAUCACACAUCACUCGCCAACUGACCAAAAUCACAAACCGCGAAGGACCAUCUGAAAUAAACGUAGGAAUCAAGUCUAUCCGUUGUACAUUAUCAAACAUACCCUUCACACUGAGAUCUCAUAUAUCCCGCUACCUGAGAUCCUUUUCCACCCAUUCUCCUUGCUCGUUGAGCUCUACUUCAAAUUUCCAUUUUUGUUUGUCCAUCCAUUGAUCUUGCAGGAAGCUGUCCCACCAUUUGACGUGUAUGUCCCCGUCGAAAUCGAUGAAGUAGCCUACGACGCGAGGGUCUGGUCCUAAGUACUCAUGUCUGUAACGAUUUUAUUGUAAGGGAAUAGGACAGAAAUAGACGGAAAAGACACUCACUUUCUCGAAGACACAUCAUCAUCUGUUACGAAGUUCGCCACGCCUUCCGUCAAAGCCGUUCUGUCCACGGGGUCGAUAUAGUGUUUGUGCACGAACUGAUGCAAGUCCUGGCCCGGCCAUAUUAUUCUCACAUCUUCUCCAUCCUUUGCUAGGUACGAUUUUGGCAGAUGUACCCUAGCUUUGUAUUCAAUCGUUUGUUUGAUCAAUGGCCAACGGUGAAUUUGCCAAGCAGUUGCCCGACGGAAUGCAGUGAUCGACUUGAGAGCGGUCCCUUUGUCAGUUUUAGGCUGAG